AUGCUCUGCCAGGAUAUGCGGAACCACGGCGAAUCCGGUCAUCAUCCAAAACACGACUAUAUGGAGAUGGCACUGGAUGUAAAAUACUUCAUUGAAAGACACCAGCUUCGAUCGCCGACUGUUAUUGGCCACUCCAUGGGAGCUAAAACAGCAUUAACUCUAUCCUUAGAGUCUCCGACCCUAGUUAAGGACGUAGUGGCCAUCGACAAUUGCCCAAUCCGCUUGCCACUGGAGUCAGACUUUGCUCGGUAUCUGGAAGGAUUGGCGAGAUUGGGAGACGAACGGAUCACGGACUAUUCGCAAGCUGAUAGGAUCUUGACUCAAUAUGAAAAGUCUCCCGCCAUACGGGCUUGGCUCAUUAGCAAUCUUCACAAGAAGCCAGAUACACCUUUCCUCCAACUACGUGUGCCUGUCGAAACCUUGAGCACAGCCAUAAGACCUCUUGGCGAAUUUCCUUAUCGUGUAAAUGAGGGGAGCGAAGCCAUUAGGCAAUUCAAUGGUCGUGUGCUCUUUUUGAGAGCUCUUCAGAGCAACUUUAUCCCUGAAUCAGCACUGCCGCUGAUCAAUUCCUUCUUUCCGUCUUCUGAGAUCGUGGAUAUCGACUGCGGCCAUUGGAUCGUUCAGGAGAGGCCCGAGGAGUUUCGUAAAAUUGUUGGUAAAUUUCUCUCAGAGCAGGGGUAUUAG